AUGCUCUCACGUGUUGCUGCAGUGAAGGCACCCCGCACACACAACCGUCGCCGCGUGACCGGAUCCAGUGGCAGGAGGAGGGAAGGGAGAGAGAGUGAGCCGCAGAGGCCCAACAUGUCCCGGCAACACUUCUAUUCUGCGGUGCUGAUCCUCCUCGUCGUGAUGAUGUGCUGCAACACUGGUGGGGCUGCAUCCAGUGGGGUGACGCCGUCAGGGCAGGGAUCUUCAAAGGGCAAAUUGUUUUUUUGGAGAGAUGUGGAAAAAACAGGAAACGAAACAGUGGAUGCGCUCCGUGUUCCCAGUAUUGUGGAGGUGGAUGGCGAUGUGUUUGCAGUUGCCGGGGCGAAGGG